GUUUUGUUUGUCUUUUAAGUUUCCAAUUUGGUCUUGUCUCUCUCUAGGCUAUCCAGCUAAGGUUUUCAUCUCUUUCUUGUUCUUUCUAAUCUCAGAUAUUUACAUUAGGUUUCUUUCUUCUUCCUUUGUUCAACAUUAACAAUGGAGGUGAAAUCCUCAAAGAGGGUAUGAUAGUCUUUUUAGGAUCUAUACAAUAGGAGUAAUUUGUUUGCGUCUGGUAGAUUACAAAAAAGGUGUCUUUUCUAACACACAAACUGAAGAAACAGAGGUUUCUGGACAGUUUCAGGUUUGUUUCUGAGACACCUGUUUCUCUUAGAGUUGGCCUUCAUUAUCAGAAACCUCCAAAACUCAAAUUCCUUUCUGGGUUUCACUUCUUUCACUGCAAAAGAUUGUCUUUCGAAUCCUAAAACUCAGAACCACUAGUGCAUGCAAUUAUUUCAUGAGGUUUUUGUUCUGCAAGAUUCAUUGUCCGUCCUUCAUUUGCUUUUGCAAACCCUCUCCUCACAUUUACACUCCUGGACCAUUGAAAUUGGAAAAUACCCCACAUGUGCCUACAAAACUUGUCUCAGUUCCUGAAGCCUCUGAUCAAUUACCUGGUGAGACCAUUGAGGUCAAGGAAGAGAGUUCAGAUGGGAAACAACCACCAGCUGAGAACUGCCUGAAAAGCAGUCUCAGAAGGCCGACUUCGGCAUCAGGUGCUGUGGAAGAGAAUCAGAAGAAGCAAGUACAAUGGAUGGAUUUCUUAGGGAAAGAACUUGUUGAAAUCAGGGAAUUUGAAUCCAGUGAAAUAGAGUAUGCUGACAAUGAAUAUGACGACAACAGAGGAUGUGUUUGUGUUAUUCUAUGAACCUGCUCAAUCAGCUUCUGCUUCUGCUCUGCCAUUCCCAACAGCGAUUAUUACAGCAGCGACAAGAGAAGGACAAAACAGCUUAAUGGUCUGAACUUCAUCGUACUUAUCAUGUGUGGGAAAGGAGCUACAUCAGGCUGAAGGUUCGACUUUGAUUCUCUUUGGUGCUGCCUCAUCAGCUUUCUCCAAGACUACUUCAGAAGAAUCCUAUAUAGUAGAUAGUUAAUUGCUUUUCUUUUGUAAGAAUGCCAAGCUAUUAUUUGUUUUAUUUUACGCAACAAGAUUUGAUUCUUCAACAGCUAAUGAAGUUUCAGGCAA